GCCAUUAUUUUAGAAACAUGACUAUAUUUAAUAAAUCAUAUAAAACAGGGGUCUCCAAACUUGUUUUCACCGAGGGCUAAAGUCCCUGAGUUGAGAGUCCUCUGGGGCCAAAAUUUGCUGCUUCUUCUUUUUUUUUUUUUUUUUUUUUUUUACAAUCGAUGACGCAUAAAUAUUAUUAUGAAUUUUUGUUCUCCUUUUCCUGCACAACAAUACAUUAAACAAGUAAUAUUUUUUAAUAAAACCAAGAGUAGUCUGACAUUUCCCUGAAUGUUUACAGUUAUUUAACAUUUUUUGGCGCUUAUUUUUUUCUAUUUGGUCUAUUUAGUUCGUUUCUAGCCAUAGAAAAGGAGCAACAAAAAAAGAUAGCAAAAAAAAAAAAAAUUAAAGUUUUUACAUUUUUCAUUUAGGGCAUAAACUUGCCAUGGAAAUCUCCACCUGAAACAAUUUACAAAAAGUAUCCAUCUUGCGUGUAUUUUUGUGUGUUGAUUCCUGAUAACAUUAGUGGUUGUCAGUUGCUAUGGGCAACGAGUCUGCUUGUAGCCUAGCCGACACCGAGAGCGAGAAAAAAAAAAGAAGAUUAUGAGUGGUUUUUAGUUAUUCUUCAAAGGUUUUUCUGCAUUAUUUUUCCCCUCUGCUGUGGCGCAUUGUACUAAACAUAAUAAUACCUACGUAUAUCUCCAGGUUCCUUUUUGUUAGCAGAACUAAAAGAACAGUCUUUUCGCCCUCCAGCGUUGUGCGCAGGCGCGAAAUUUCCGGACGUAAACAAUAACAACACGGCAACGGGUCUGUUCUCGCAUGUCGGACCGCCUCCGGGUGGGGCGGUCCGACAUGAAUAGACCCGUUGCGCUGUCUGACACCACGCCUACCCAGAGCGCCGCUCUGCCUCGCCGGACGACAAUUGAUGCGCACCCACACUAACACACAGAGGAAUAACUUUACAGUAGCGACCGGGGCGCUCCACAGACCGCUGCGCCGCCGACUCUUGUGAAAACAAGCUCCCAGCCCCCCUCUCGGCGAAAGGAAAUGAAGAGGAGGCUCCACAAGAAGUACUUGGUUUUGAUUCUGGCAUAUACAGGUUUACUUCUGCUUAUCCCCUACGUGUUAGAUAACCGGGAUAAAUCCGCCCAGAAUGCCAAACUGCCGCAGCAACAGCCCAGAUGCCCCGACCUGGAGAAGACGGUGGCGCUCCUCUGGGAUAACGGGUUCAAAGCCAACGGCAGCGACGCGGCGGAGAACCCGGCGCCGACGAACAGGACCCAGACCCGGACGCACAUCUACCUGCACGCCACCUGGAGGACCGGCUCGUCGUUUCUGGGGGAGCUGUUCAACCAGCACCCGGACGUUUUCUACCUGUACGAGCCCAUGUGGCACAUCUGGCAGGCGCUGUACCCCGGCGACGCGGGCAGCCUGCAGGGCGCGGUGCGCGACAUGAUGAACGCCCUGUACCGCUGCGACUUCUCCGUCCUCAAACUUUACGCCGGCUCGCAGAACAUCACCACAGCGUUCAUCUUCGGCUGGAAGAUGAACAAGGUGAUCUGCUCGGAGCCGCUGUGCGACGCGCACCGGCGCCACGAAAUCGGGCUGGUGCGGGAGGACCAGUGCGCCAAGUGCCAGAAGCGGGACCUGCGCGAGCUGGAGAGGGAGUGCAAGAAGUACCCGGUGAUGGUGAUCAAGGGGGUGCGCGUUCUGGACCUGAGCACCCUCGUCCCGCUGUUGAGAGACCCGGCGAUCAACCUGCAGAUCAUCCAGCUCUUCAGGGACCCGCGGGCCGUGCACAACUCGCGGCUCAAGACCAAGCAGGCCCUGGUGAAGGAGAGCAUCCAGGUGCUGCGCAGCAAGAAGCAGAGCGACAAGUACAAGCGGCUGCUGGUGCCCAGCAACAGGAUGAACCGGGCGGAGAGCUACGUGGCGAGCGCCAUGGAGCUGAUCUGCGACAACUGGCUGAGCGACGUGAUGCUGGUGAUGAACGCUCCCCCGUGGGUGAGGAGGAACUACCUGCGCCUUCGCUACGAGGACCUGGUGCUGCGCCCCUUGGAGGAGCUGCAGCGGCUCUUCCGCUUCUCCAACCUCUCCAGCUUCCCGGCGCUGGAGAGGUUCGCGCUGAACAUGACGCACGGCCAGGGCUACUCGUCGGACAAGCCCUUCCUCAUAUCGUCCAGGGACGCGAAGGAGGCGAUCUACGCGUGGCGGGAGCGGCUGAACGUGGAGCAGAUCGGCCAGGUGGAGGCCUACUGCAGCGAAGUGAUGAGGCAGCUGGGCUACGAGAGGAACACCGUGGUGGAGAAAAGCACAUGAGGAUCGGAAAGCAGCGUGUGAGUGGUCCUCCUAAUCAAGGCUGAGGGGCAGAAGGUGGAAUAACAAAACAGGCUGCAGGAAUGCAGUCCGCUAGGAGCUCUCAAGCGUGCCUCUUGGGUUGUUUUUAUCCUCACCCGAGCUGGGUCGAUGAACUGGAGAAAUGGUGAUACCGAAAAGACGAGGAGGAGGAGGUUGUGUGUGUAUGUGUGUGUGUGUGAGAGAUUGGGUGGUUGGGGGGGGGGAGAAAAGAGAGAAAAAGAGCAGCCAAUCGGACUCAGUUGGAUUUCAAACGAGGAGAAGGAAGCUUAUUUUCUCACCGCGCUGCCUGUUCGACACCAGGAGGGUCCCGUGGAGACGCGGAGGAGUUGGGGGGGGGUCAAACAAGAGACGGGGGCUGGUUUGUGCUGCCAUUACUCUGGCCGACCUCUGUCCUUUUUAGAAGCACUAAUCCCUCCUCAAAUCCUGUUCAAACCGGGGCCAUAAAAAAACCCGGAGAUGGGGGGGCCUUCCUCGGGACAUGGAUCCAGGGUGGCAGCGUUAAGUUCGGCCUUACUGCAGCGACUUCUCCGUCCGGCCUGUGACUAAGCACAACAGCAAACCCCAGCAUUACUGACUUACCGAUAUUAAACAGAGACCUGCUCACUAAAAGUGCUGAAAGAAGAAACUACAGUAUUUUUCUGGGGUGGGGGAAAAAUACCCAAAACCCCCUCUGACUGAGAAGCUAUUGUUCCGCCCCUGGCCCCUCUCAGGAAUCCGGACAGCUGCAACAGCCUCUUUGACAAAUCUCUCAUGUGGGUGUGAAAUUUUCUGAUCAACCGCAGAAUUCCUGAAGACCUGCUUCUGUCCUCCGACCGGUGGACCUCUUUGUUUCCUUUAAUCCGCAACGGUCCACAGCGUCCUCCGAUCCGGUGACGUCCCCGUGGUCAAGGAGGCGUUUCUGGGGAUUCAACAACGUCGACACGUUCGAUUUCAGAAGCCGGUUCUGUUAGAAUUACUCUUACUUGAAUACUUGUGGAAAUGUGAACAAAAGAAGGACCUUCGAGCUAUUUAAAUUCAGUGAAAGUUUGCUACUGCUUGUAUUAAUUCUGUAGUCAUGGUUUCCAGAUUCAUACGGUUGAUUAUCGACCAGUAAGAACCCUCUUUGUUACAUCAGCUGGGUUUUGUCCAGAACACUUGUACUGAAAAGUACAAUUGGAGCGUGGCUUCAGCAACAAAACACGUGACUCGUAAAUGGGACAUUCUUCAAUAACAGCUGAUCAUCAUGUAUAAUGCUUUGCAAAAGUAGUCAAACGUUCUUUGUAGGGAUUUUUUUUUUCUUCCAGCAGACCCAAUGCAAAGUGGUGCAUAAUUGUGAAGAAUUAUGUUCUUUUUUUUUUUUUAAACAAAGAAAUCUACAUUCAAAUCAACUUCCUGUCCAAUCAUCUCCAUCACGUGAUGCAGCCACCACCAUGUUUCACUCCAUGUUUCAUUACCCUGAGUUCAGGGUAACGGGUUGGGUUAGCUUUCUAAAUGUAGGCCCAAAAAAAAGACAUGUUGGUGUCCGAGCAGCAAAUGGUAAACGGAUUGUACUUGCAAAGCACUUUAUAGCACUUGUACAUUCAGUAGUGUGAAAUGAAUUCAUCUAUUCAUUCGCAUGCUGAUGGUGGCAACCUACUGGGUUGUAGCUACCGUUGCCUCGUCUGAUAGAGGCGAGGCUGCAAUGUGCUGGCCCCAACCGGGCCCUCUGACCGCCACCGGCAGGCAAGGCAAGGCAGGUGAAGUGUCUCGCCCAAAGACACAACAACCAAGAUGAUGGGCGGAGCCAGACUCGAACCUGAAAUGAUGAUAGCUAUUAAAUACAGAAAAAUGCUGGUUAAUUUUUUACGGUGUAAUUUUGGAACCCCCUCUAGCGCAGCAUCCCUAUGUGGCGCAUACCCAACCGUCGCCAACGUCUUCCCAAUGUACCUUGAUGUUUGUUCACUACUGUUCUCUUAAUCCUCUGCCAUCCAGAUGUAAUCAGCCACUCUGAGUCGAUACUUUAUAGAUGCACCUUUCACCUUUUUUUGGAGUACAUCUCUCCCAACUUCGCACGUCUGAUUGACUGAAAUUUUUCUAUCUUCUGCGAAAAAGCUGACAUUCUGAGUCAGAUUAGACAAAGGAUAUCUGCCAAUGCAGAUUUUCAAGUCUUGCCACGGAUCCUCGAUUUAGACGAUACGAUUUAAAACCCAAUCGGCUGCAACUUUAGCCUUGUUUUUAAGGUCAUUUUCGUGCAAGAAAAACAGCUUUUCUUCCAGUAUUACCUUGUUUUAGCUCUAUUCACAUCCACAUCAAUGACCAGUUUCCAUGUCUGUCCCCACUCGAGAAAUGAUUCUAACUCUGUAAUGUUGCUCCCAUAUGAUCACAGCAAUCUUUUUUCUUUUUUUCUUCGCAGGCUUGAACCAUGUUUCGCAUGAAUACUUUUGCAAAGCAUUUUAUAUGCAUGUAUAUAUUGACGUACUAGUUCAUAAAGUAAGCAUUAGGUGCCGGUUUAAGGCCAUUACAGUCAUCACUAAGAACAUUUACAACAGAUUUGGUUAUCAUUUGUUAUUAUUAUAAUAUCACUAUAACUUAACAUUCUACUAUGUGACUGAUGUAUUUUUUUUUUUUGGAAUUAUAAUGUCUAAACUCAAGGUGAGUUAGUGAGGAAGAUCACAUUUCAGCUCCACUCUGGUGCAUUUUGUUAAAGCUGCAGUGUGUAAUUUUUAUUAAAAUUUUUUUUUUUUUAACAUAUUUAUUGAAACCGUCACCAUGUCGUGACAGUAUGGUAUGAGACAGAUAAUCUGUGAAAAGAUCGAGCACCUCCGCCUUCUCCCAGUCCUAACUUCUCCUGUAACAGUAAGUCGCCGUUAGCACAUUUAACAGCGUUGAUCGACAGCGCUAAGACCCUCCUCCUGGCUCUGAUUGGUUGUUUUGGGUCAGGAGCGGGUGCGUUUCUUCCGCUAGCAAUCGUAGCUCUGCUGUGAGGCGGAGCAGAUUGAUCUUUUCACAGGUUUUCUGUCUCGUGUCAUUCUCGCAAACAAAUAUGUAGCACCAAGGUUACAUGCUGCAGCUUUAGAUCCUUAAUUUAAAAGGCUUUCUGAGGCAAGUGGAGCACACCACUGGGGAACCCAGAGCUUCAAGAUUUUUAUUAACAUGUUGACAUGCAGACCAUGGCACACAGAACCCGUCAGCCAGCCGCUGCUGGAAACGACAGGUGCACAUAUUGACACUUUGGCUACAUCUCGUAUUUCUCAGGUGCAGAGAGGGUUUAAAUAUAGCCGACAGGACAACUGACAGCACAGCAGUGUGGAGGGCGGGAAGUGCACAUGAAAGAUUAGCGAAGAGUCCAACAAGCGUCCUCCACUUUCCGUACUGCGUGACUCUCUGGGGUUUGCUGGUCUGUGAAGUACUCCCUCUUGUCUUUUGGGGUGGGGGUGACAACACUACAUCAUGUCUCAAUCCAUGCAAGUUCCUGUUCUGUGAAUUGUCUUUCGAAUAAAGGAGAGACCGAAAGGGACAUUUUCAACACAAAGCGAAA